UACUCGACCAUGGUCGAAUAUACCGUAGAUUGGUAUACUCGACCAUGUUGAAUAUACAGGAAUAUGGUAUACUCGAUAAUGGUCGAAAAUACCGGAAUAUGGAAUACACGACCAUGGUUGAAUAUACCGAAGUAUGGAAAACUCGAUCAUGAUCGAAUAUACCGAAGUAUGGUGUACUCGACCAUGGUCUAAUAUAUACAGGAAUAUGGUAUACUCGAUUAUGGUCGAAUAUACUAGAAUAUGGUACACUCGAAAAUUGAAGGUAUAUUUUGCUUAUAGGAAGCGGCUUUUUUGAAGGGAGAUUUUUUCGGAGAUCCGCCUGUGUUUAGGUGUCUUAUAAUUGCAUUAAGUACAAUUAAGAGAUUAGAUGACGACUUAUUAGCUAAUUUUAAUAAUUAAGACGAUAACGAGGUCAAUAAGGCUUGUCAUCUUGUUAUUGCUGUUUAGUUCAGUAUGCUCAUAUAUUAACAUUAAAUACUUCGUUAAAACAAGUAUUAACUAUCAGAAUUGCAAUAAGAGUGUUUUGCUCCGUUGCCUCUAGAAGAGGAAAACGAAGGCUAAGAUCACCAUUCGAACUAUGGCACAUAACACUUCCGAUGUUUUGACUGAGAUAAAAAUGAUGUACUCAAGCAUAUUUUCUGUUUCUAUCUGCAUUUUUGGUGUAAUUGCUCACAUGUUCCUUUUUGUUGCUUUCAUCAAGGAUCCUCUGAAAUGCUUCAAGAACUCAGGAACAUAUCUCGUGGGAAAUUUGGCAAUUUCGGAUCUCCUGACCAGUCUCAUCUCUCCGAUUUAUUUCGUUCAUCGUCAUUUCCUUGGCACUUGGCACUCGGUUCUCCUGUUCGCCAAGCACGUUUGCAUGAGCGAAUCCAUUUUCACGAUAGCGAUAAUUUCAAUGGAUCGGUUUCUAAUGACUGUAUAUCCCAUAAAAUAUCGAAUUUUGAUGGAAGGAAAGCGUCUCAUCGUAUGGUUGAUUUGUACUUGGCUGAUUUCAUUUGGAAUUUCUACGAAGGUUUUCCUAUUAGACCCUUUGAACAAAAUUGGCGAAGUAGCGACGCUGGUCAUUAACUUUUUCGCAGGGGCGGUGAUUAUAUUUUCAUGUGUGAUGUAUGGGUUAACAUACUAUAAGUUGAAGAAGCAGUACAGAAACUUUGCUCCAGAAAAUAUUUCAAAUCGACAGGGGCAGGCACGAGUUAUGAAAGAAAAACGUUUCCUCAGAACUAUUAGUUUUGUAGCUUGUAUUCAAAUCGUUUGUAUCCUGCCUUCCGCAACAUUUUUUAACUUUCGAAUAUUUCAGGCUCCGCUAAUGGAUAGUCCAUCAGCAUGGAUUACGACGCAUAUUCUUUAUGGGUUAUUUUACCUCAAUUUUGCUGUGAAUCCUCUGGUGUAUAUAUGGCGUUUACCAAAUUAUCGAAAAACGUUUUAUUUAUUGUAUUGUUGUAAGCUGUAACUUAAAGGCUUUAGAACAAAAAUAUUCUAUGGUCAGAAAAAGUGGGGAUGCGAAGUUUGUGUAACCGGGGGGAUAAAGACGUUUCCCUGACUGACGCCCGUAUUCAAAGCUCCUAUUCAAAACAUGGUUAUGACUUAUAACACUAACCAUGAGUUAUGAUCUAUCAUAGAAGAUAGAAGCCAACCUGGUCGUUUUUGAAAACAAUUAAUUUCUUUGGCAACACUUUGACUUAACACUUGUAGAGGACAGCACAAUGAUAUAGCUAUAUUUAAUCGUGAUAAGCACCAGCAAAAUAAAAUUGUAUCUUGUAUUAUACUUCAUUGUACGUAUUCUGUUGUGUUUUAUAUCAAAAAGAUAGCCAUGAAGAAAACCACGA